AUGUCACAAAACACGUCCAGCACUCCAACUACAACGGAGGAAACAUUCAGCAAAUUCAACAAAGAGGAAGGCAAAGCGUAUGCUCAAGGCCGACCUGACUACAGCCCUAAGCUAUACCAAUAUGUCAUUGAUGCUCACACCUCCACCGGCGGCCAAUUCAACACUCUUCUCGAUGUCGGAAGUGGCCCGGGAAAUGCGGCUCGAUCACUGAGCCCACACUUCGCCCAUGCGAUCGGUCUCGAUCCAUCCGAAGGCAUGGUCACUGCGGCCCGAUCCCUGGGCGGCACCUCGUCGACCUCCGAACCAAUUCGCUUCGAGGUCUCCACGGCCGAACAUCUAGGCACCAGUCUCCCAAACCAGCCGAUCCAAGAUUCCAGCGUUGACUUGCUCACAGCCGCCAACGCCGCACAUUGGUUCGAUAUGGCCCAGUUUUGGUCAACGGCUGCCCGCGUCCUCAAACCUGGUGGCAGUGCUGUGUUGUGGACCACUGGCAAGACGGGAAUACACCCUUCAGUCCCCAAUGCGGAUGCCAUCAACGCGGCUAUGGAUCAUUUGGAGGAAACUAUGCUGAAGCCGUACAUGGCUCCAGGUAACUUCUUGACGCGUAAUCGCUAUCUGGAUCUUCCUAUGCCGUGGAAUCUGGACCAGCCUGUGCCGGAGUUCGAGGAGGCUGGUUUUAUUCGGAAGGAUUGGGAUCCGCUGGAGAAUUUCCUGGCUCAUUCGCCUGAGGUGAGUUUGGAUGUUAUGGAGAAGAUGUUUGCGACUAUGAGCCCUGUUGUUCGAUGGCGGGAGGCGCAUCCGGAUACCGUUGGGACUGAGGGGGAUAUUGUGAAGAUUUAUCGGAGGACUAUUGAGCGGCUGCUGCAUGAGGCUGGGGUCGAGAAGGGGAAGGAGACCAUCAAGGGGGCCAUGCAUGCUGUGGUGUUGGUCAUUAAGAAGCGAUCUGAAUAG